AUGAAGGGUUGGAACCUCAGGGUUUUUGGAAAUAUCCAUUCUCGUUUAAAGCAGGAUCAGCUGCGUUUUGAGACUGCAGCUCGUAUUUCAGACGAGGACCCCAGUGACAUGGAUAAACUUAACUCAAUGAAAGCGGUUAUGGCUGUGUUGAGUGAGAUGCGUUUACAGCAGGAGGAAAAUAUUGAUGGUGAUUUGUUUGAUUAUGAACAUGAUUCCAUAUCUGCUGAGGAAAGUAUAGCCAUGGAUAUUAUUCCUACCCCAGAUGAGAUUCGACAAGCUGUUUUCGACCUUGGAGCUGAUAGUGCGCCAGGUCCCGAUGGUUUCUCUGGGUGUUUCUAUCGCCAUUGCUGGGAUAUUAUUCAGGAGGACUUAAUCAAGGACAUUAUGCACUGUUGGAACAGUGGUCAUAUUCCGAAUGGUGUUAACUCCUCUUUAAUCAUUUUGCUUGCAAAGGUACGGGGCGCUAAUACUCUUCAUAACUUUAGACAAAUAGGUCUUAGUAAUUUUUUCUUCAAAAUUUUCACUAAGAUUCUAGCUACUAUACUUGGUAGUGUUCUAGACAAGAUGGUGUCGGAGGAACAGGUUGCCUUUAUGAAAGGACGCAAUAUUCAUGAGAACAUAAGCUUGGCCUCAGAAAUGGUUAAUGAGUUGCACAUUAAGCGUAAAGAUGGUAAUAUUGGUCUAAAGCUUGACAUUUCUCAGGCUUUUGACACGGUGAGUUGGUCUUUUGUGCUAGAAGUUUCCGUAAUUAUGGAUUUUAUGAGAAUUGGUGUUCUUGGGUUCUUAAUAUCUUGCAAUCGGCUAGAAUCUCUAUUCUUUUGA